GGUGGUGGUAGUAAUGGAAUGGGACGAGGUGGUAGUAACAUGGGACGAGGUGGUGGUGGGAUGGGACGAGGUGGACUGAAAGGGAUGGCUGGCAUGGGCCAUAACAUGGGCGGUGGUAUGGGCAACAGCAUGGGAAAUCCAAUGGGAAAUCUCAUGAUUGGUAAUAUGGGUGCAGGUGGUAUGCCAGCCCAAGAUCCACAAGCCGCGUUCUAUAAUGCUCAGAUGAUGGCAUAUCAGAUGCAACAACAGCAGAUGAAUGCCGGUCUUUCUUCAAACCAUAUGCAGCAGAUGGGUGCUGGAAAUAUGUCCAGAACAUCCACCUUGCCACAUAUGACUCAGCAGUCUGCAUCUCAGCAGCCCCAACGUGUCCAAUCCUCUAUUUCAAUUCCCAUGUCUAAUCCAGCUGGGAUGGGAAUGGCUUCUAUGGGAAUGCAGUCCAUGUCAUAUUCACCUUCAACCAUGAAUCAAACUGCCUAUGCACAAGCAUAUCAAACUCCUGCUCAGCAGACAAAUCCUCAACAAAUGGCUGCAAACUACUAUGGAUGGCAAGCACCAGCUCCCACAAUGCCAUAUUCUAUGAGUCAACCUCCUCGGCCACCGUCAUCAUAAACUGGCUUUUGAAACCCUAUGUUUAUUUGUAGUUUUUUGAAGUGGAAUCCAGGUUUAUUUUCUGUCAACUAGUACUGCUAUUGCAAACUUGACCAUUUUUGAAUUACAAGUUUAAAAAUAAAUGAUCUUCAUUUAAACCC